AUUAAAGUUCUUUAAACUUAUCUUUUUUUGCUCGGUUAUUUUUGAAUUGCUUCUUAAAAUUUAAAGAUGCAAUAUCAGAACAUGGAUAUUUCUGGUGUAAAUGUGUUCUUCCAUAAACCUAUAAUCACUCCUCCAUUGCUUCCAUACAAUCCUGGACUUUAUGAAUUUGCUGCUUUGAAUGAAAGUGAUUUCUUGGAGGCUGAGAAAAUGAGAUCUAGUGAUGAAGCUGGAGUCACUUCUACGGUUCGUAUUGCAAAUGCUAUGGGUAGCCAAUUUGUGGAUGAGUUGCUAGAGCUAUCUAAAGCAGACAUGGUUGGCUUUUUAGAAAUUGUCAUAUAUAGUAAUGAAAUUGUUUAA